AAAUUAAUGUCAGCUGUCAUUUGCACAAGCACUAGAAAAUCGGUGUUCUUCGGUUAUUGCUAUUUAGUUAAUCAAAAACGCGAUGGGGUUUUAUACAACUUUCAAUGUAAUUUUUAAAUCAAAAAUGCAAAUAAUCCUACUAUUCGUUUCUGUAUAUAUGGUUCAAAUUUCUAGCGCUUCUAAAGCCGAAUUUGUAACGUGUGGAACUAUUUUAAAAUUAGUAAACACAGACUUAAAGUUGCGGCUUCAUUCCCACGAUGUUAAAUACGGUUCGGGAUCAGGGCAGCAGUCGGUGACUGCAGUUGAUGUGUCGGAUGAUAAUAAUAGCCACUGGCUUAUCAAGCCUAUCUCGGGGGAGACUUGUAAACGAGGAGCGCCAAUAAAGUGCAAUACAAACAUUCGUCUCCAGCACAUUUCUACUAAGAAGAACUUACACUCCCACUACUUCUCUUCACCACUGUCUGGAAAUCAAGAAGUUUCAUGUUAUGGUGAUGAUGAUGGUGAAGGAGACUCUGGAGAUAACUGGACUGUAGUCUGCAACAAUGACUACUGGAGGAGAGAUACACCUGUGAAACUAAAACAUGUUGAUACAGCAGUAUACCUUGCUGGAUCUGGGCGAACAUUUGGACGUCCAAUAAGUGGUCAGGGAGAGAUAGUUGGUGUCAGUUCACAGUAUGGUACAUACACAGACUGGCAGGCUAAGGAGGGACUAUUUGUUCAUCCUGGUGAUUUAUUGCCACACCAGAAUGCUAUUCAUACAGAAUUAUAAAUAUAUUUUAGUGUAAUUUUAUUUAAGUUUGACACUAAUGUGUAAUUGCAGUUUCAAAGUGCAUAGACAAUUUGUGAUUUAUGUUAUCUCUUCACCUUUGUGUACUGCUAUGGAAGAAGAUUGAUAACAAUUAUACCUUCUGAUACAUCUGCACAAACUAGAAACAUCUUAUAAGAUUACAAAUAAAUUAUUUUUCAAUGAGGAAGUUGUGUGAUGAGAAAUAAAGUUUCUUUUUUAUAUUA